AUGAGUGAAAAUGAAGAGUUGAUUGCGAACAUCGGGAUCACGUCUUUUGGUCGAGUAAAUCGUCGUAUGAACCACAGAAAAAUCAACAAACUUCCACAAAUUCUACCUGGCACAGAGCUGGUAGUCAAACUAGCUGAUCUUCCGAUCAAUAGCGUUGAAGUGGGACGUUAUGGUCUAUUAUCGCUUUUGUACCAGAGCAAAGGGUUUGAUGCACUCGAAAUUGCGCUUGAUCGUACAAAAGACAUUAUUCAUGAGGUUGGCGAGAUAAGAAAACAAUUGAUUGACUUGACAUUGCUCCAAGAACUCAAGCAGGAAAAAGAAAAAUUCGACGAGUUAGUGAGCUCUGAGUUCCUCACCGCUCGCACUGCAACGAAUCAGUUCGAGUCACUGGGAAGAUACCAUUUUAUAAACCGCUCUGCAAUGAAACUAGCCAAUUUAGAUUAUAUCUUUCAAUGGACGUACAGUCUAAAAGAACGUGGUGACAAAUUUAGCUUUGCAGACAUUUGUGGCGGACCAGGUGGGUUUUCCGAAUAUUUAUUGUGGAAAAUGGAUCAAAUCGCUAUAGAAGGUCAUGGCUAUGGCAUCACACUGAAAGAUGCAGCCAAUGAUUGCGAUUGGCGCCUGCCUACCAGAUUUCGUAAGUCAAUGACAAUUUGUUACGGCGAGGACGGAACGGGUAAUUUGUACUCGAUUGCAAACGUUCACAGCUUUCGUGAUUGUGUACGAAGGCAGCAUCCCGAUGGCGUUGACCUGGCUGUAGCUGAUGGAGGAUUUCCUGAUGCUCGAUCACAAUUGAAUCAGGAAUCCAUAAUGACUCGAUUAAUUUUGGCAGAGGUUCUUGCAAUGUUUGCUGCACUUCGAAUCGGCGGGGAUUUCAUCUGUAAGACAUUUGAGUUGGUAACACCAGCUAUGAUAGAGAUCUGUUGGAUUUUGCAUCAAUCUUUCAAAUGCUUUGCAGUUGUAAAGCCCAUCACUUGCCGCCCUGCCAGUUCCGAGCGCUAUCUUGUCGCACGAGGUUUGCGUGCUGGUUUACCUACAUCCAAACUUGUAGCAGUUUUAGAAGAUCGACUCACAAACAGUUACAGCGAAACAAAAUUUGACUUCAAACUACGCUUUUUGCACAACAAUACAUCGCUAAGUAACGACGAUAACUUCCUGCAGUACUUGAUGGCAGCAAAUGAUGUUAUUGGCACGAGCCAACUCCACGCUUGUCGAUGCAUCAAUGAAUUUGCUGCCAACCCCGGAAAGAGAAAAGCACAAAACAAAGAAGUUACUGUUGAUCCAAGACAAUACUACCGAUGUUGGCAACUUCGCAGUAAUAGUCCGCGCAAGACUCAAAUAUAA